UAUAAUAUUUAAAAUAGCCAUACAAGAAUUAAUGACAGAUGAAGAUGACGCUAUUUUAUUGGAAUGUGUUCAACAAAUUGAAAAUAAUGAUACUACUAAUGAACCAGUACAUGAAGAAAAAAAUGUAGAACACACCGAUGCAGAGAAAGUUUACGACAGUUCUAACCUGUUUGAAGGGUGUAGUUGGAUGUGGCAAGAAUUUCUUCGUUUUACACCAUCAACUUCAUUAGAAAUAGAACAAGAUAAUAAAAAUCGUAGCUAUGAAAAUAAUAGCUAUGUACAUACAUAUGAAGCUGGAACCCCAUCUGUAAAUCACGUAUCGGUCGAAAUUGAACCUACAUCAAUAAACAACGAUAAUAAUGAUGCGUUUAAUACGCCGAACGAAGUUGAGACUACUACAAUAAACAACGAAAAAAAUAACGGAUCUUCAUUGGUAAAUAAUGUAUCGGACGAGAUUGAACCAUCAGCAAUAAAUAACGAUAAUGAUUAUGACGAUAUAUUAACAAUACAAACAGGGUGUGGUCGUGCGACAUGUGAUACGGCUGCAGAAGAAGAAGAAGAAGAAGAAGAGAAAAAAAAGGAGGAGGGAGAAGUGGAGAUAGAACAGCUUGGAGAAAGAGAGAAUAAGCAACACGUUCAAGAUUCUGAUGAAGUGGGUGAACCGACAUCAUUUAAUAUUUUACGAGAAAAUCGACGCUAUUUUCAACGAUUUGACACUCAUGGACAUGAGAUAACAUUCGUUGUACGACAACCGCCAGAAGGUUUCAAUCCUUUAAGAUGGUUAGAUAAAGUAUUUGCAGAAGUACAUGUAUAUCUUACAAAUUCGAGCAAUCCUGACGAUUAUAUAGGCGUGACAUUUACUGCUGAUACUCUUGCCCAUGGGCCUGUGUGGCUGUCUUACCGUUAUGUACGAGAUUUUAGAAAUAUAGAUUUGUGGGAAUUAGUGAGUCGAGUCGCUCAAAGUGCCUCAGAUUUCCAUAUUAAUGAUAGCUGCACAUUAACAACUUGUAUAAUACGUCGCGUAAACGGUGGUUCACGCAGAAAACUAACCCUGGAUAAUGUGGCGAAACGAUCAAUAUUAUCAAUAACAAAUUCCGACAAUCUUUGCUUACCACGGUCGUUAGUAGCAGCACGAGCGUACGUGGAACGAGGUGAAAUUCGUUCGGGCGAAUUACACAAACAUUGGAUGUCUAUACGUUUAUCUCGCGGCAGAUUACAAAAAGAGAAGGCUCUCGAACUUGUAAGAAAUGCAAAAGUAAAUAUACCGGAUAAUGGAUGUACAAUAGAAGAAUUAGAACAAUUUCAAAAAUAUUUAGCGGAAUUUGGCAUCGCUAUCGUCUUAUAUGAAGUUGAAACACUAGGUUACGGUGGAGAAACUUUAUAUGACGGUACGAGAUAUGUAAUGAAUAUAUUUAAUAGUAUCACACACACAUUACGUCUUUUAUAUUAUCGUAGAAUACACCAUUUUGAACCUAUUUUAAACUUACGGGCUGCCGUAGGUAGUCGCGGUUUUUGUAUAGCUUGUAAUAUAGCGUAUACUAGAAUAAGUGAUCAUAAAUGUUUACAAAAAUGCAAUCGCUGUAUGGGGCAACCACCGUGCAUAACGGCUGUAAACCCUCAUAUUAAAUGUAAUUCUUGUAAAAGAUCUUUUUACAAUAAUAAUUGUUUUCAACGGCAUUUAAAACCCAUAACGUUAGACAAUAAAAAAAGAAAAGAUAAAAAAAGUGUGUGUGAUACAUUAAAAAUAUGUAAUAUAUGUUCAAGAUUUAUUUCAACAGAUAAAAAGCAAAAGCACGAUUGUAAUAUUACAUAUUGCAAAAUAUGUAAAGAUUUUUAUCCUAUUAAUCAUUUAUGUUACAUUCAACCUAUAAAACAAACUAAAAAUAAUCAGUCAAAAAUCGUUUUUUUAUUUUACGACUUUGAAACACAACAAAAUAUGCGUGUUAAAGGGGAUGAUAAAACGUUUGUACAUGUACCUAGCUUAUGCGUUGUUCAACAAGCGUGUAGUUAUUGUUUAAACGAUAACAGUGAUAUGUCAAAAAUAUGUCAAUAUUGCGGUGUGCGCGAAUAUGUAUUUAAUCAAGAUCCUGUAAAGCAAUUCGUUGACUUGGCAACAAAACCGUUACGUUCUUUCAAACGCACAAUCUGUAUUGCUCAUAAUGCAAAAGCUUUUGAUGCUCAAUUUAUUUUACGAUAUUUUGCUACGCGAGGUAGUAUGAAUGAGAUGCCAUCAAUAAUAUUAAAUGGUACAAACAUCGUUGUAAUGACAAUAGGUCACACUACAUUUCUUGAUAGCUUAAAUUAUUUUCACAUGCCGUUAAGCGCUUUACCGAAAACUUUUGCACUUGAUAGUUGUACUACAAAAGGCACAUUCCCGCAUUUAUUUAAUACACCUGAAAAUCAAAAUUAUAUAGGACCAUUACCAGAUAUAAAAUAUUAUUCACCAUGUUAUAUGCAUAACGAUGAACGCGAACGUUUUUUACUUUGGUAUAACAAGGAAAAACAUUCAAACUAUAUAUUUGAUUUUGCAAAAGAAAUUGUACAAUACUGCAAAAAUGAUGUAACAAUAUUACGCCGAGCUUGUUUAGCUUUUCGUAAAAUGUUUAUUGAAUGCGGUAAAGUUUGUUCUUUCGAGGAGAGUACAACAAUAGCAUCGGCCUGCUCACGUGUUUACCGUAAAAAUUUUCUUCAAAAAAAUAGUAUAGGUAUUAUACCUACAGGGGGUUAUCGGUGGGGUCAAAAACAAUCGCGUAAAGCUAUUUCUUGGUUGAUUUGGAUGGAACAUGAAUUGGGUCGUAUUAUAGCUCAUGCUGGGCGUGGUCGUGAAACACGGCUACCCGAAGAUAUCUUGGUUGACGGUUAUUACGAAGAAACUAUUGAGAACACGAUGAUUAAACAUGUUUUACAGUUUCACGGUUGUUAUUGGCAUGGUUGUCCCCGAUGCUAUACUGUAAAUAAAAACAGCGGUACUACCACUGAUACCAUGGAUACGCGUUUGGAACGCACACAGUUUAUUACAGCAAAAAUUAUAUCUGCCGGAUAUAUUUUAACAGAAAUGUGGGAGUGUGACUAUGAUCGUAUUUUAGCAUCUAGAGAAGAUAUGCGUAUAUUUUUAGAAAAAAACCAAACCUCUAUAUCGCUGAAAGUGUUAAAUCCACGUGAUGCCUUUUACGGAGGUCGUACAGAAAACAUGGUAUCUCUGUAUGAUGUAAAGGAUAAUAAGAAAAUACAUUAUGUCGAUGUAUGUUCUCUUUACCCUUAUAUUUGUAAAACAGGUAAAUUUCCUGUAGGACACCCGAAAAUAUACGUCGGCGAAGAAUGUCGCGAAUUAACAGGUCCUACAGGAGUCGAAAUCGAUAAAAUAGAAGGCCUUGUUCACUGUACAAUAUUACCACCUCGUAAUCUUUAUCACCCUGUGUUACCCGUACGAAUGCAUGGUAAAUUAAUGUUUGCUUUAUGCCGUACAUGUUGCGAAAAUAAGUAUCAAUCAAAUUGUAUACACGAGGAUGUUACUGAUCGCGAAUUUACAGGGACUUGGGUGGUUCAUGAAAUACGUAAAGCAGUAAGCGUUGGUUAUAAGAUCAAAAAUAUUUAUGAAAUUUGGCAAUACGACGUAACACAAUAUAAUUCUCAAACUAAGGAGGGUGGUCACUUCACAGAAUACAUAAACACUUUCUUAAAAAUUAAGCAAGAAGCUAGUGGUUGGCCUUCCGAUUGCGUUGAUGAGGAAUCUAAAAUACGAUACAUAGAGGAAUAUGAGCGAGCGGAAGGUGUUAAAUUGGAGUCGAAAAAAAUAUGUGUCAAUCCAGGUCUCCGAGCUGUUUCAAAAUUAUGUUUAAAUUCUUUUUGGGGUAAAUUUGGUCAGCGCGAAAAUCUUCCUAAAGUUGAAAUUGUGACAACACGUAGCAGAUUGAUACAGCUACUCUCCAGUAAUGAAGUUAACGUUACAAGUAUACUACCUGUUAAUGACGACGUUUUAUAUGUUGGUUAUAUAAGUACAGACGAAAAUUUAACACCAUCUUCGAUAACAAAUGUUGUAAUAGCCGCAUACACAACAGCUCAAGCGCGUUUAAAAUUAUAUGAAUAUCUCGAACGUCUUGACAAACGAGUGUUAUACUGCGAUACAGAUUCCUGUAUAUAUGUAAGGGGUAUUUCACCAAACGAAUAUGAACCGCCAACUGGUAAAUUGUUGGGUGAUUUGACAGAUGAAUUAACGUGUUAUGGUACGGGUAGUUAUAUCGAAUCUUUUGUUUCGGGUGGUCCGAAAUUUUAUGCUUUUGUAGUACGUAAACCUGAUGGUAGUACCGCCGAAAUUUGUAAGGCUAAGGGUAUUACUCUUAAUUUCGCAAAUAGUAAAUUAAUCAAUUACCAUUCUGUCAGAUCUCUUAUUACAAAUGAGCUGGAUACCCCUAUAACACUUCAUUUCAAAGCUAUUAGGCGUACAGAGUUUCAUAACGUUAUAACAAAUUCCGAGCAUAAAACAUGUAAACAGACUUUCGAUAAAAGAAGGCGUGAAGGAUCUUAUGGUUCAUUACCGUAUGGUUAUUGUAAUUUAUAAUUAUUUAUUAUAUGCUUACAAUUUCUUGAAAUAAAAAAUAUCGAUACAAUAAAAAAAGUUUUUUUACUUUACUUUUUAAAAUAUUUUAAUACUUAGAUAUUUUAAUAUUUAGAUAACUAUAUUAUGGUGUAAGAAAUCUUUUAAUCAGAAACUUCCGCCAACUUUGGUUAGUCGCUAAGAUGGAUACGCGUUGGAAACAUCCUUGGACUUCUAUGAUCUGUGGUCCCACAGGUUGUGGUAAAACCUUCUUCGUGAAAAGAUUUUUUCGAAACAUAGAUACUAUGAGCGACACCAAGUUUGAUCGUAUAUUGUUUUACUAUUCAGAAUGGCAGCCAAGUUAUACUGAAUAUGGUGAUAAUGUCGAAUUUCGCGAGGGUCUACCACGAAAUGAUGAUUAUGUUAAUGAUCUACGACCAAAACUUAUUGUUAUUGACGAUCUUAUGCGCGAAGCAUCUGAUAACACUGUUGUAGAUUUAUUUAUAAAAGGGAGCCACCAUAAAAAUAUAAGUGUUAUUUUUAUCACACAGAAUUUAUUUCAUCAAGGUCGUGGUAUGCGGGAUAUUUCGUUGAAUGCUAAUUAUAUAGUUGUGUUUAAAAAUCCUAGGGAUAGAGCCCAAAUACAACAUUUAGCUCGUCAAGUUUAUCCGGAGAAUAUCCGGUUUUUACGGGAGAUAUAUAACGAUGCAGCAUCUACUCCUCAUGGUUAUUUAUUACUAGAUUUAAAACAAUCUACACCGGAAAAUUGUCGUUUUCGUACACAUAUAUUUCCGGAUGAUGAGUAUCAAUAUACCACGUAAAGAGAUAAAGAGUAAAAAUAUAAUACGAGAAACACAGCUCCGAUAAUCUACAUCUAAUAUUUUAUACAGAGACUCACUUAAUAUAUUUAUACCCAAGAGUUAAUUCAAAUCUUGUCAGUAGCUAAAACAUCUCUUAUAUUAACAGACAGGCAGAUAACAGCGAUUUUUUAUUACCAGCGAUCACGUAAUUUGUAUAAUGGCACCGCCCGCGCAUAUUUUAUUCGGUCAAAAACAUGCUUCAAUACUACGGGCAUUAUGUCAUCUUAGUAGCGAACAACGAAUUGCUAUCUUGAAAAAGGCUGAUCCGAAACUCGUCAAGUGUAUAUGUGAGUGUGCUUUAAACAUAUUACGUGGUAAUGUGACUCUUAAACAACCAUAUAAACAGCGUUUGAAACGUUAUGCGCACAUAUUACGACGACUAGCCAAUAAAAACGAUUCUUGGAAGAACAAAAAGCGCUUAAUCGUACAACGAGGAGGCUUCUUACCUUUAUUACUAGCACCUAUAUUGGGUACUGUAUUAUCUCGUCUUAUAGGAGGUAGCUAAAGAAUAAUGGAAUACGCAAAAAAAAUGGUCUUGAUACCAGAAGAAAAAGUCGAGCAAUUAACACAUGUAUUGAAUAAUAAUAAUAAAACAAUUCAAACACCUGGUACUACAUUAAGUAGAUUAGAUGAAGAAAUGCGUGAAAUUCUCAACUCAAGCAAAUUUGCGGACGAAAGAGAAAAAUGCAAGGCCUAUUUACAUAUACUACAACGUUAUCUAUACUUCGUGGAAGAAGCAAAACGUAACACAUCACCUUUUAAGACUAGCCUUGAUAAUAACGAUUAUAAAACAAUACAAUCAAAAUAUUCAGAGGAUGAAGAGAUGAAAAAAAAAAAAGACUGUCUAGACGACAUAUUAAUUUUGGAUAGUGUGCCUUUAAAAUUUCGUCAAAAAGCUAAACUUUUAUUAAAUCAUAUACAUUCUAACGCUUCUGAUCGACUAAGUUGGGAUAAAUAUGGAGUUGUCACUAUUAACGGUUUGAAAAUAGAUGAAUCUAAUAUUAUCGAUCUUAUAAAUGACGCUAUGCGUUCUAGAAAAAUGGAAAGACCUGUCGGAAGACAUCAUUUUGCAUCACUCCUGCGUACUGUAAAGAUACUCCGUGAAUUUAUAGGAAACCAAAAUUUUUGGUCAAAUGAUUUGAACACCGACAGUCAUACGCUUCAAAUACCUAACAUUGUAUCGUUGGAUGCUGGUGGAAUAGUACGUCAGACAUCUGACUCGAGCGAGUUUUUCACGGAUGAUACCGACGUCUACGAGCGUUAUACUAAUAAGAAUAAUUGGGAAAGUUUAACCCC